GCCGGGCACCGGCAGCGCCCCCCUACUCCUCUGAUUGGCUGCGGCGCUUGUCAAUCACGCUUAGUCCCGCCCGGCUCCGGCGGCGCCCCCCCACUCCUCUGAUUAGCUGAGGCGCCGCCCGCGCAGCCGCCUUUCUUCACCGUGUGCAGUACCGAACAUUGGCCACAUGAUGGCAGCACCAGUCGUCUCUUGGCGCCGCACCUCCGCUUUCCCGACCCGGUUUGCCGUGGAUUGCCGCCCGAAGGACACACGGCACGAUGUGUCAAAGGACUUUGAAAUAAACAUAGAAGUUUACAGUUUGGUACAGAGAAAAGAAGUUCUGAGCACUGAUAAAAGGAAAGAGGCAAAUAAAUCUAAGGUGAUUACUCCAAAGAGAUUAUUAACAUCUAUUACCUCUGUAAGUAUGAAUGUAAUAUUGUAACAAGACAUGGUUAUGACCUCUUCCCAAGGCCAUAUUCUCACCCUGAAAAAGGCUGUGCCCAUAGCAGGCUCUUGUAUCUCUUAGAACUCUGUAACUGUCCAGCUUUCUGCAAAAUUCUUCAGCCAUCAGCUCAAGAAAUAGGUAACAUUGUGGAGACAGUGUUCUCACAGGAGAAUGGAUAUUUGGUACAUGAGCUCUGAAUA